AUGCAAGCUUCUUGUCCCACUCUAUCAUUCUUUCAUUCUCCCAAGUUUUUACAAAUAAGUCUACACAUAAUAUCGGCUGUUGGAAUUCCAAUUUACAUAUUCGGAGGGUACUGUAUUUUGUGCAAAACCCCGAAUCAAAUGAAUCUUGUCAAAUUGGUCAUAUUUAAUUUGCAUUUUUGGAGUACUUUAAUGGAUUUAUUUAUGGGAUUAUUUGUUGCUCCAUUUAUACUUUUACCGUCAAUGUCAGGGUUUCCCAUGGGAUUGCUGGGUUAUUUGGAUGUGAAUAUUCCAUUUCAAAUUUAUGUUAUGUUGACUGUAAUUGUUUUAACCGGUGUAGCAAUUCUUCACAUUUUCGAGAACCGCUAUAACACCAUUAUUUUCGAGUUUUCUAGUCGAAAAGUCAGACGAGCUCUGUUCUUUAUUUUCAACUAUUUACUGGCGUUCACUUUUGUCAUUCCAACUAUUUUACGUAUUCCAAAUCAGUCGGAAGCUAUCAAAAUAGUUAAGGAACAAUUUCCAUGUGAAGUCGAUGAAAAUCGAUUUUUUGUGUUAGCUCUGGAUGUCCGUGUAACUCACUAUUCAGUUAUUAUCACUAGUUCAUUGAUUGAAGGGCAGAUUAUUUAUUUUGUCAUUCGACUUUUGAUGAAUUUAAGUGGAAAAGAUGAUAGAAAAUCAGAAAGGACUAGAAAUUUACAAAAGAGACUAUUUCGAGCAAUUUGUAUUCAAGUUACUAUUCCUGUUUUACUAAUGUUUAUUCCAUUUCUAUUUGUAAUUAUUCAAGUUUCUCUGGAGUAUCAUAAUCAAGCUCAAACUAAUAUUUCUUUAUGCUUGCUAUCUCUUCAUGGUUUGAUUUCAACUAUUGUGAUGCUCAUUGUGCAUAAACCAUAUCGUGAUGCUACACUAAAUAUAUUGGCAGCUUCUAAACUAUUUCAAAAGAAUACAAAUAAUAAUAGUGAGCCCACACGAAAUUCAGUUCCCUUUUUGAUAGUGACUACUUAAUUUAAACUUGCUAUUUUAUGAGAUA